AGCAGCAGGAGGAGGAGGAGGAGGAGGAGGAGGAGUGUUUGUCUGCAGACAGUCAGUCAGUCAGGAGGAGGACCAGAGUCCCAGCGGCAGUUUUUAGGAGAGCCUGAGCCGGGAAAACCGCGUCCAAUACGGGGAGAAGUCAGAAGGGGGAAUCCGCGAUGAGUUGGGGAACGGAGCUCUGGGACCAGUUUGAUAAUCUGGACAAACACACUCAGUGGGGGAUCGACUUUCUGGAGCGCUACGCAAAGUUUGUCAAGGAGAGGCUGGACAUAGAGCAGAACUACGCCAAGCAGCUACGAAACUUGGUGAAGAAAUACUGUCCCAAACGCUCCAAAGACGAGGAGCCGAGGUUCACGUCAUGUCUGUCCUUCUACGCCGUGCUGAACGAACUCAACGACUAUGCCGGCCAGAGGGAGGUGGUGGCGGAGGAGAUGGCUCAUAAGGUGUACGGAGAGCUGAUGAGGUACAGCCAGGACCUCAAAGCCGAGAGGAAGCACCAUCUACAGGAGGGCAGGAAGGCCCAGCAGUAUUUGGAUCAUUGCUGGAAACAGAUGGACAACAGUAAAAGGAAGUUUGAGAGGGAGUGUAAAGAAGCGGAGAAGUCCCAGAUCACCUACGACCGGUUAGACAACGACAUCAACGCCACCAAAUCAGAGGUGGAGAAGGCCAAGUCUCAGUUCUACCUGCGGACUCACAUGGCCGACGAGAGCAAGAACGAGUACGCCGCUCAGCUCCAGAACUUCAACGCAGAGCAGUGGAAACAUUUCAACAACGCCAUCCCGCACAUCUUCAAGAAUCUGCAGGACAUGGACGAACGUCGGACGGUGAAGCUCGGGGAGACGUACCGGAGCUUCGCUGAGGCAGAGCGGAGAGUCAUUCCCAUCGUCUCCAAAUGUCUAGAAGGGAUGGUGUCUGCUGCCAAAGCUGUCGAUGAGAGAAGGGAUUCAGGCAUUGUCGUGGAGUCCUUUAAGUCCGGCUUUGACCCUCCAGGCGACUUCCCCUUCGAGGACUUCAGUCAGAAUCUGAGCAGGACAGGUUCAGACGGGACCAUCAGCAGCACGCCUAAAGGAGACCGAGAGAGAGACGGAGCCCCGGGACCUCGAUCCGACCCAAAACACCCCAUGAGCAGAACCAAGAACAAACUGUGGCUGUUUGGAAAGAAACCAAAGGCUCCGUCUCUGGAGGAUUUCAGCCACUUGCCCCCCGAGCAGAGGAGGAAGAGGCUGCAGCAGAGGAUCGACGAGCUCAGCAAAGAGCUCCAGAAAGAGAUGGAUCAGAGAGACGCCCUGAACAAGAUGAAGGACGUGUACGAGAAGAAUCCACAGAUGGGAGACCCGAGCAGCCUACAGCCUAAAAUAUCAGAGACCAUCUGUAACAUGGAGAAGCUGCGCUCGGAGAUCCACAAAAACGAGACUUGGUUAUCUGAGGUGGAGGGAAAGCAGAGCUCCAGAGGAGACCGAAGACACAGCGCUGACAACCACCAUCACACUCCUCAAGGCAGAGAGAGUCCUGAGGGCAGUUACACAGACGACACCAGUCAGGAGCAUCACACACCUCACCACCGCUCCGGCCCUCCGCAGCCCGGAAACCCGAAUCCCGACCCGCACGAGUUCGACGACGAAUUCGACGACGACGACCCUCUGCCCGUCAUCGGACACUGCAAGGCGCUCUACUCCUUCGAUGGUCAGAACGAGGGAACGCUGGUGAUGGCGGAAGACGAGGUGUUGUACAUCAUCGAGGAGGACAAAGGCGACGGCUGGACGAGGGCGAGGAAGCAGAGCGGAGAGGAAGGCUACGUCCCGACCUCCUACGUAGAAAUCACCAUGGAGAAAAACAGCAAAGGUUCCUGAGGGCUGCAGGGUGGCCGGGCGAUUUGAUUGGCUGGUGGAGGGCUCAUGCUGAUUGCUGAUUAUUGGUGGUGGUGGUGGUGGGGUCACGAAGAAAGAGAGCGAGAGAGAGAGGGAAAGAAAGAGGGGAAGUGGCAGGUUUGCAUGUCUGCAUGCUCACAUAACCAUAAGAGGAAGAAGGACAGAUGUUAAGACCAAGAACAGCCACUAAUAUCAUUUACUGAGCAGCAGCCGCUGGAGGAACCCCAUCAUGACCUGCAGGAGUUUCUAAAGGUGGAGAAGCAGCAUGUGGAGACCUUUAGAGACCAGACACCUGCAAAGGUUUCAGCUCCCUGGUCUGUAAAGGUCUUUUAAAGAAUGGGGCUCCUUUGACGGCUGUGCAUGUUCUAACAACCUGCUGGUGUUCUGCUCUCUGUGCGAAUGUAGCCGCCACCUCCUGAACUACACCUGUGAUGGUGCAGGAGGUGUUUUUAACCUUUGAGCCGCACCUCAGCUCACAGAGAGCAGCACGACAGCAGCUCCUCCUCCCUGAUUCACCGUCUGCUUCGUGGUUUGGUCUCCUCUGGAGGAGCUGGUCAGAGUGCAGGAGGAAACAUUUAGAGCUUCUUUUAAAACUUAAAACCAGCCGAUCCUCUGCUGAGGAAGACGACGAGAUGUGGCUGAAAGCUUCAGGAAACGUCAAGUAAGUUUUUCUCUCCAAGGUCGAUUCAUCAGGACGACUUCAGUAUUUUUUUAGUCUUAAACCUCCAAAACUUUUGAUCCGGCUCCUCCUGAGAGAAAAUCAGCUGAUUUCAAACCCCGUCAGUUUGUCAGGGUCAGUCGUGCUCACAGUAUUUUACUGCCACUAACAAAAACCAAGUGCUGCAACUCAUCCCUGUCAUCAUCAUCAUCAUUACCUGUGCUCUGUUGGUGAUGUCUGCCUGCCUGCCUGCCUGAGCCACUCUGCUCCUCAUGCCUGCCCUCACCCUCAUACAGUCGCAUGUCCUUAACGUGUCCCUCAAACAUGAUCGAGCGUUUCAUCCGUGACUUUUAACCGCAACGUUACAAAAGUGUGUCUGACUGUGUGUUGAAUGAUGUUUUAAAGGCAUGAGUAUGUUCAUGUUUGUGCGUCCAACGUCUCCAGAGUCAGAUAGCGGGACUAUCAGGUGAAUUCAGGACCUCUCUGCCACCUUUCCUUUCCUUUCCUUUCCUUUCCUUUCCUUUCCUCGCCUUUCCUUUCCCGAGCUGUAAUUCCACCAGUCGACCAGCAGAUGGGAGUGACCUCUCACCAAACCCACGGCUCGAACAUCUCGAGGAGCUCCGGGCGUCUUUCCAGUCAGACUCUGCCUUAAAACUUCACGUCGUUUUACUGUGGAGGGAUUAUUCCACUUUCCUCACGUCCUUACCUGACUACAUCUCCCAUCAGCCACCUGGGUUUAGCCCCCAUCUCCUUGGGGACUCUUCAUUAUGACCCCCCCCCCCCCCCAACAUGUAAUCAGUUGUAUUUGUGAAUGUGACGACACGCACGCGUGCAUCCACGACACGUUUGCACGCGUGGCGUUAAGUUUUUAACCAUUGAAUGAUUUGUACAUAUUAACAUCUCUUAUGUCACGCUGAAUGUGUUUCCAUGGUGAUUGUUUUUUUUGUUUUUUUUUAAGGUUUGUUUGAUACACUCUUCAUGAGAGACAACAAGGUUUGAAUUGAACUGAUGCACUUUUGCCCUGAAGUACUACAGCAUUUAAAUCUGAAUUAAAUGAACGAGUAAAUGAGCGAACGGAUGGAUGAGAGUCGUCUGCUGAAGGAGGUGUGAACUUUAUGAAUGACCACAAAAAUGAUAAUUCUCUCUUCCUGACGGUUUUUAUACUCUUUUUGUAACUCGACGAGCGAUGGCCGACUUUUCCUUUGCAUGAUUUUUCUAAAUUCUUCAGAUUCGUUUCGUCUUUUCUGGUGAUUUUCUUUCCGUUUUAACUCUUCGCUGUCUCUCUUCAGUAGACUAAAACGACACAUCCGAAGUGAAGUUUGACUUCCUAUUUAAGACAAAAAUAAAUAAAUGCCACUAAUGAAUCCGCUCUUGUCGAUACGGACAGCACGUGGUCGGGCGCCUUCGCCGCCAUUUCUUCGACGAAGAAGCUGUGAAAUGUACAGAAAGAUGCUGUAGGUGUUGUUACUUGAACUGCUCACGAUACUCUACGCUUUCCUCCGCAGCCUGUGAUUCGUUUCACAUCGGAAAUAAGAAACUCACCUCAUGAGUCCAUGUAAAAAAAGUGCAUUCUCCUUCUUGCUUGGGGAUGCAAAAUGGCGCAAAUGAUCCAGUUUCUGCAGUCGGUCAGUUUUUGGUUUUUUUGCUUUUCUUCCGAUGCCUUUUAAACCCGUUCACAGCUUCAGUCGAGCUGAAACGACACGUUAUUUUGGCCUUUUCUGGAAAAAAACUACAAUACCAGAUGUGUGCAGUCGAGUGUUACAUGUUAGAUUUGAUGUAGUCAAACUGUUAAAUCCCAUUUUCUUAAGGCGAUUUGGGCUGAAACUGAUUGUUUUAUUAUCGAUUUUUAUUAUAUUUGAAUGUUUUAGUCUAUGAGAUGUAAAGAAAAUGUCGAGUGAUGCCGAAUCGAAAGUUUUAAAGAGCCCAAGGUGUGAAGUCUUCCAACAAACGGUCCAACAACCCAAAGAUAUUCAAUUAAUUAAUAUUCAAUUGAGAAGCUUUUUGUUUAACUUUUAGAGAAAAUAAAUAAAUAAUAACAGCUUCAGCUCCUGCUUGUAAUUGUAAACGUGCACUAAAACAUGUAAGACUUAUUCGCAGUGCGUCCUGAUGAACUUAUGUUCCUGCAGGAAGCUUGCAGGGCAUUUUUUUACUAACUCUAACAGGCGGCACACUUCAGAUUUCCUCUUUUUGGAGUGUACAGUCCCUUUUAAUCAGAGAACACAUGAUCAUGCAGCAGCUUCGAAACGAGCAAAACUUACCAAACUUUUUUUUUUUAAACCAUUAAUAUACAUAUACAAACUGUGAGCUGUGUAUUAUAAUAGCCAGUGUGCUAUAAUUCUGAAUAUUAUGCAAAAAAACAAACAAACAUAACAAAUCAGCUUUGAGAUGCUAAAUAUGAUGAAAGUUUAGCGAAACCUGCCAAGCUACUGUGAGCGCGGUGCUGUUCACCACCCAGCAGAAACCAGACGUGGUGUUCUUCUUCUACAUUCCUCUUUUUUAAACUCAUCGUGUUUCUUUUUUUUUUCCUGUGGAAACGUCUGACGAACAUGUACAGAUUCCCUCCAGCUGUUGAACUCACGAUGAAACCCUUUUUUUUAAUUGUUAUUAUUAAUAAUCAACAUCAAAUCACAGUAAAUAAA